AUGGACAUGGGCAGUGACGGCGAGCCAGAGAAGCGUCUCGUCGUCCAUCAUCUGCCUUGGCGCCAUCCCAGGAUCGGAAGGGCCUUUCAAAUGAUUGAUCGGCUGAUCGACUUGCAGAGGCAGUCUGGCUCCCGUGAUUAUGGCAAGAAUUCUCAUGCGCGACUUCGACCACGUAAUCCAACGAUUAGCAACCACCCAGCUCCCCCCAAGUUAUCACAUCAUGCCUACUGUGACGAGUGGAUUGCGACCCUGACAGUUCCCCAGUUGGAUGAGUUGGAUGUGCAGGGGCACUCGUUGGGGACCGCUUUAAAGAAUCUAGAGGGUAUGUGUUUAUAUUUUGCCUCCAUGCAAGACGCCAUCUUUUGCUACCCAAAAAAAGCCACAGCCGGUAAGCCUGAUCUGGUUAGAGAUAGCCGGGUCAAAAAGCAAAGGCCGUGUCUCAAAGCGCAAAGCCUGUGUUUCCUCAGCUCACAAAGCAUGAUAGCAUCCUCCAUGACCAGCGGCACGUGUGAUUUAAAUAUUUACAAAGUCAAGAUGGAUACCAAGAUCGAUGCGUCUGAUAAGCCUAGAUGA